CUAGAGGGAAGGAGAAGGGAUCAGGAGCGGAGCUGAGGGGAGGGAGAGAGGGCCGGUCCGGGUCUGGCCGCCGCCUCUUCUCGUCCUAGGUCUCCAGGCCCGGCUGCAGCUCUGCCCUCGCUCCUGGACGCCAUCUGCGAGGCUCCACCGGCCACCGUGGGAGAGCCGCGGGCGGCGGCCGCCCAUCAUGUCAGCCAAGGACGAGCGGGCCAGGGAGAUCCUGAGAGGCUUCAAACUAAAUUGGAUGAACCUUCGGGAUGCAGAGACGGGGAAGAUACUCUGGCAAGGAACAGAAGAUUUGUCUGUCCCUGGGGUGGAGCAUGAAGCCCGUGUACCCAAGAAAAUCCUCAAGUGCAAGGCAGUGUCUCGAGAAUUGAACUUUUCUUCAGCCGAGCAAAUGGAAAAGUUCCGCCUGGAACAAAAAGUUUACUUCAAAGGGCAAUGCCUAGAAGAAUGGUUCUUCGAGUUUGGCUUUGUGAUCCCUAACUCCACGAACACCUGGCAGUCCCUGAUAGAGGCCGCACCCGAGUCUCAGAUGAUGCCAGCCAGCGUCCUAACGGGGAACGUCAUCAUAGAGACAAAGUUUUUUGAUGACGAUCUUCUUGUAAGCACAUCCAAAGUGAGGCUUUUCUACGUCUGAGAGAAGAACGUCUGUGCACUUCAGGAAUUUGGGGUUUGGGGGGGAGGAAAAACUGUUUACUUUUUUCCUCCACACAUUUGAUUUUUGACACUUCACCCAAUUCUGUCGCCGCAGACCUGCCUAUGGCCGCCGGGGACCAGCUCUGUAUAGGUAACCAGAUGGCUUCUUUUCUCCUAAACUGCCAUCUUCCGUUGACCAGACAAAACUCCCAACCCCAGACCAGGGCAGGGGACGCGCCUCUACUCCUUCCUGGUGCAAACGUGGGAGCAAACGCAUACCACGAGCCCACACUGCACACGCCCCUUGCCGCCGCCUCCCUGGGCCCUGCAGGCUUCCUUUGGCCCCUGGUUUUGGAAAACUUCCCGUUCCUGACCCAUGUUUAGUUACUUUUCCUACCAUUUCUAUUUCAUACAUUCUCAUACAUUUACCUUGUAAAAUAGACUAUGAUAUUAUUAUUACAUAAUGUAAUUAAAAUAUUGCUACAGUCUUUAGCAUG